AUGGCCCGAAUUUCGUUGGAGUGCGUCAACUCUUUACCAGGGAUCCCCCUCAGUGUGCUGUCAGUGCCCAUGGAGAAUAAAUACAAAUGUCAGCAGUGUCUCCAGGUCCUGAGGAAGCCUGUCCAGGCUCAGUGCGGCCACCGGUUCUGUGUGCACUGUUUCAAGCAGCUCACCAGUUCUGGGCCAAAGCCAUGUGAAGCGUGUCGCCAAGAGGAGAUAUAUGAGGAACCCAUUUCCAUUCUAAAUAGCAAUGAGGUUUUUCCAGACAAUGCCGCAGGUAGAGAAAUAGCCAGUCUGCCUGCCAGGUGUUUGAACCAGGGUUGCAGCUGGACCGGCUCAAUAAAAGAAUAUGAGGCUCAACAUGAAGGUCGCUGUGAAUUUGAGCGGAUACAGUGUGAAGCCUGCCAAGUCAUGAUCCUCCUGACGGAGAAGGAAAGACAUCAUGAGAGAGAAUGUGAAGCAAGAACACUCAACUGUAAAUACUGCAAAAUGACCUUCAACUUUAAGGACAUCAAGGCCCAUGAUGAGAUCUGUCUGAAGUUUCCGUUACAAUGCAAGGACUGUGGAAAGAAGAAGAUCCCAAGAGAAAAGUUCAAUGACCACAGCAAGUCCUGCGCCAAAUCCAAGAGUGCCUGUCCAUUCAGUGAAGUGGGCUGUAAAUCAGUGAUAGAAAAUGGGAAGCUCAGUGACCAUGAGCACAGCAGCACCAUGGAGCACUUGCGUCUGCUGCUGCCCAUGGUGUUGUCCAUGACUCGGAUGCGUGCUGACGCUCCUGGUCCCGGGGAGUGGCAGGAGGAUUCUGGUCUGGGAUUGUACAGGGCUCCUGAGGAGGGAGUCAAUAUGGCCGCUGCUGGAGCUGCAGCCUCUGCACAGCCUGUGGACUUGGAAAAAAAGGUCAGCGCAUUAGAAAACAUCGUCUGUGUCCUGAACCGAGAGGUGGAGCGCAGUUCGGUUACGCUGGAGGCUUUCUCACAUCAACAUCGUUUAGACCAGGAAAAAAUUGAAAAUCUCUCCAAUAAAUUGCGUCAGCUGGAGCGGACGGUCACAAUGAAAGACUUGCAACUGUCUGAAACUGAACAGCUGGUGCAAGAGCUCCAGUUCUGCACCUACGAUGGGAUAUUUGUGUGGAAAAUCUCUGACUUCUCUCGCCGCAGACAGGAUGCCUUGGCUAAUCGAACACCUGCAAUGUUCUCUCCAGCAUUUUACUCCAGCAAAUACGGAUACAAAAUGUGUCUGAGGCUGUAUUUGAAUGGUGAUGGGACGGGACGAGGAACACAUCUCUCACUGUUCUUCGUCGUGAUGAGAGGGAAGUGCGAUGCACUGCUCAAAUGGCCAUUCAGCCAGAAGGUGACUCUGAUGCUCUUGGAUCAGAACAACAGAGAGCACAUUAUAGAUGCUUUCCGCCCUGAUGUCACCUCCACCUCCUUCCAGCAGCCCAUCAGUGAGAUGAACAUUGCCAGCGGCUGUCCGCUCUUCUGUCCGCUGGCUAAACUGGCUGGCAAGAGCCCAUAUCUGAGAGAUGAUACGAUUUUCAUCAAAGCCAUUGUAGAUCUCACAGGCUUAUAGGGUGUGUCUGUGGAAGCUACACCAAGCAAACAAUGGGAACAUUAUGAUAAUAUAUAAUAAGAAUAAUAGUAAUCACAAUAGUAAUAAUAAUAAUAAUAAUAUAUUUUAAAUGUAUGAUUAUAUCAUACAUCAAGAAUGUCAUUUUCCUGCGAGGGUCACAUUAGGACUGAUAUACAAGGGUGUGUAAAAUAACAUUAAUUGUGGUGGAUCUAUAAUGGAUAUAAUCCAUCUUUACUGAAUAAAUUAAUCUGACUUAAAAGAGCCAAAGACGGAGGUUAGUAGAGCCAGAUUAAAUUCUGGGUUUUUGGGGCUGAUGUCAACACUGAUUUUGUGAAGCAACAAAAUUCAGAUAUUGAUCAGCUAAUAUUCUCCUAUACAAAGAAUAUAUACAUAAACACACAUUUUUAUGCCUCUGCGCCAGCGAUAGCUUUGGCCAUGGCACAAACAUCUUGAGGAUAAAGUGAUUAGAAUUUGAUGAGAGGUCAGAGGUCACUGUGACCUCACAAAACACAUUUUUGCUGACAAGAAUAUUUAUCAGUAUAUUUUUUUUAUAUCCAAAAGGUCAAAGGUCCACUUUGGUGACAUCAUAGCGUUCCACAAAAAAUGGUCUGUCCUUUACUAAACGCCACAGCUCGGUGAGAAGUGCACGGAGAUGAUAAUCCAGUCCAGACGGUCCCUCGAAUGUGGUUAUCGAACAAAAGAAAAUCCAUUUUUUUUUACAGUUAAACAAACCCAUUUGACAAAAAAGACAACAGCGAUUUGAAACAGUAAAUUUCCAACUGCAUCAUGCAUUCAGUAUUCAUAUCAGCACAUAUUUAACAGCACAUAUGCCGAUACAGGUAUAUCUGUGAUGUCUGGCCAAUGAUAUCGGUCAACUGAUCAAUCAGUCUGGCUCUAAAUUGUAGACAUUGCUGUUAUUUUCUUAAUGUCUUGUAUAUUUAAGAUGUGUGACAGUGCCAAGAUCACAAACAGAAAUAUAGAGCUGUCAGCAGGAGUUCGGGAUAUAAGAGCUGCUGGGUUAAAUACCUGUCUCGUGAUAAAUAAAGGUCUUCAAUCGUCUGUCAUCCUAAUGUGACCCUCCUGGCGUUCGCAUAAAACAUUAUAACGUAUAAGUGAAUCAUAUAACAAAUAUUUUAUACAUACAUUUAUAAGUAUAUAUUAUAAUAUCUCUAAUACUCCAGAGUCAGCUUUGCAUUGUGAUGUCAAACAGUACAAACAUGUCAUCAGCAACAGUGCUUUACUUCAUAUGUGUAUGAAGCACGCCACUUUUUGAAAUGUAGAGUCUCACAGUGUAACACAACAUAUUUUUGCAUAAACUGUAUGAGCCAUUGUUUUGUUGCUAAAUGAAUAAGUUGGCAUAUUAGUGAAUGAGACUGCUUAAAAAAAUAAAAAAAAUAAAAACCCCACCUUACAUAGACCGUCAAUACAAGGAGGUGAAUUCAUAGCAAACUGUAGUUAUUUGCUAUUGUACCAUACUUUCAGCUUCCAGGUGUGAUGUAAGUAAUUUAGAAUGGUUAAUAUAAAUACUAACAUUCACUCUAUAUUAUAUCCACUUUCCUCCAGUAUAUUCAUUAUGUAUUAUUUACAAUAGAGUACAAUACUUACUAAUAGUACUUUGUAUUUGCUGAAUGUAUUUUUAAUUCUUAAAGCCAUUUUAAGUGCUCAACUGUGUGAAUUUCUUUGGGGUCAUUAAGUAAUUUAUUGUGUUUACGCCACCUUUAUGUGCUAAGACAUAACAUUUUUAAUACGUUCAUACUUAAAUCUUUUGAGCCUUUACAAUCAGUUUUAGUUUUGAUCAAAACACACUGUAUGUUUCAGGGAAAUCUGCAUUAACCUCUGUACAUUUUCAGCAUAAUUCUAAUAAAAAAAAAUUGUGACAUACUUCAUGAA